AUGUCGACUCCGACAACUCUGGCCCCAAAAAGCCAAAAUAGUUCUUCAAGUAAUCCGGAGGAUCACAAAAUAGGCAAAUAUCGUCUGAUCAAAACAAUAGGGAAAGGGAAUUUUGCAAAAGUAAAGCUGGCCAAACAUAUACCAACUGGUCAAGAGGUAGCCAUCAAGAUCAUUGACAAAACUCAGCUAAACACAUCCAGCUUACAAAAACUCUUUAGAGAAGUUAAAGUGAUGAAAUGCCUAAAUCAUCCUAACAUAGUGAAACUAUACGAAGUAAUUCAAACCGAAAGAACAGUCUACCUAGUCAUGGAAUAUGCCAGUGGAGGGGAGGUCUUUGAUUUUUUGGUGGCUCAUGGCAAGAUGAAGGAGAAGGAGGCUAGGGCAAAAUUUAGACAGAUAGUAUCAGCAGUUCAGUAUUGCCACAAAAAGCUCAUCCUACAUAGGGAUUUGAAGGCUGAGAACUUAUUAAUGGACGGCGACUUCAACAUAAAGAUUGCAGAUUUUGGGUUCUCCAAUGAGUUCUCCCACGGUAGCAAGUUGGAUACGUUUUGUGGCAGCCCUCCGUAUGCUGCCCCUGAACUUUUUCAAGGUCGUAAAAAGUACGACGGCCCUGAAGUAGAUGUCUGGAGUCUAGGAGUCAUCCUGUAUACACUCGUCAGUGGGUCGUUACCUUUCGAUGGGCAGAAUCUUAAAGAAUUGAGAGAGAGGGUUUUAAGAGGAAAAUACAGAAUUCCAUUUUACAUGUCAACUGACUGUGAGAAUCUAUUGAGGAAAAUGUUGGCCAUCAAUCCGAGCAAGAGAUCUAAUCUAGAAGCCAUAAUGAACGACCCCUGGAUGAAUAUUGGUUACGAAAAUGACAAACUCGUUCCAUACAUCGAGCCACCAUUCCAAAUUAAUAACGAAGUUCUUGGUUGGCCUCUUCAUUCAUUCAUUCAUUCUUUCAUAUUUUUAUAA